AUGUCUCGCAAUGCUCUCGUUACUGGUGCUGCUCGAGGAAUUGGACGUGCCAUUGCUCUCCAUCUUGCUAGAGAUGGUCUUAAUGUUGCUGUGAACGAUAUCAAAAGAAGUUCUUCAGGUCUCAACAAGGUUCACCAAGAAAUCGAAAAAAUGGGUCGAAAAUCUGUCGCUAUAACUGCUGAUGUUUCUGUUGAUAAAGAGGUCGAAACCAUGAUGCAAAAUGCUGCAAAAGAACUAGGAAGUUUGGAUGUGGUAGUUGCUAAUGCAGGAAUUGCCCAAGUGAAACCAAUCGUUGAUAUUACUACAGAAGAUUGGGAUAAGAUAUUUGCAGUCAACACACGUGGUGUGUUUCUUUGA